GCUAGUCCGCCCUUCAUGGUAACCAUGUGCGACCAAAAGGCAGUGAUCAAAAAUGCUGACAUGUCGGAGGAGAUGCAACAGGAGUCAUUGGAGUGCGCGACUCAGGCGCUGGAGAAAUGCAACAUCGAGAAGGACAUUGCGGCCCACAUCAAGAAGGAGUUUGACAAGAAGUACAAUCCCACUUGGCACUGCAUUGUGGGCAGAAACAUUGGUAGUUAUGUGACACAUAAAACUAAGCACUUCCUCUACUUCUACCUGGGUCAAGUGGCCAUCCUUCUGUUCAAAUCUGGUUAA